AUGGGCGCCCUGCGCGGUUCUCUGAGCCAGCUGAUGGGCCAGCGAGCACGUCUUGUGGGUGCUCGCGCGGCCGCGUGCGCCGGUCUCUCGCCUCGACGCCUCCACACCGGGAAUCUCGUUGCCCGUGGUGCCGUCUGCACCCCGCAAACGGCGCCCUCUGAGCGUGAGAUGGCAACGGAGGCGGUCGAGGGCGCGCGGAGCACUGGUGCUCCCCCGAGGGCUCCCAGCGUGUCUAGACUGAUUCUGGAUCGCUCCCGCUAUCAUCGGCAGCCCCCCCGUGACCUCCUCGACCGGCUCAGGGAGGCGUGCGGCGGGGCCGAGGGAGCAACGGACUCGACCAGCGACCGGCACACCCACGGCAAGGGGCAGAGCUACCACGCGGCGAUGGACCCUGACUUCGUGGCGUACCCGAGGUGCACCGACGACGUGGUGUCCAUCAUGCGUCUCUGCGCUGAGACCCGAACUCCUGUCGUGCCGUUCGGCGCAGGCACGAGCGUGGAGGGCCACGUUGGCGCGAUGUACGGCGGCGUCGCGGUGGACCUCACGCGCAUGACGCGCAUCCUCGAGGUGCACGCGGAGGACAUGGACUGCCGCGUGGAGGCCGGCGUGCGGCGGGAGGCGCUGAACGCGCACCUGCGCGACACGGGGCUGCACUUCCCGGUCGACCCGGGCGCGGAUGCGACGGUCGGCGGCAUGGCGUCGACGCGGGCGUCGGGGACGAACGCCGUGAGCAAGGGCACGAUGCGCGACGCUGUUGUCGGUCUGACCGCGGUGCUGGCGGACGGGGGGGUCGUGCGAACGGGGUCGCGCGCGCGGAAGAGCAGCGCGGGGUACGACCUGACGCGGCUGCUGGUCGGGAGCGAGGGGACGCUCGGCGUCAUCACAGAGGUGGCGCUGCGGCUGCACCCCCUCCCAGCUGCGGUGGUGGCUGCUGCGUGUCCGUUCGACACCCUGGCGGGCGCGUGCGAGGCCGCGUCCGACGCGAUGCAGUGCGGCGCCCGCAUCGCGCGCGUCGAAAUCCUCGACGCCGCCUCCAUCCGCUGCGUGAACGCCUACUCGAAGACCGCGCACGAACCCGCCCCGACGCUCUUUUUCGAAUUCGAGGGCGCGACGCAGGAGGAGGUGGAUGCGCAUGCGCAGCUGGUGGGCGAGGUGGUGAGCGCGCACGGAGCGCGCGGGUUCCGCUGGGCUGCGACCCCUGACGACAGGCGACAGCUGUGGCAUGCGAGGCACACGGCGUACUGGGCGGUGCUGGCGUCGCACCCGGGGCUGUCAGGCUUCCCGACGGACGUCUGCGUGCCCGUGUCCAAGCUGGCGCAGAGCGUGGCAGCGGCGCACCAGGAGCUGCAGCGCCUGGGGCUGAGCGCGCCGAUGGUCGGGCACGCAGGGGACGGCAACUAUCACAUGAUUCUCAUGGUGGACCCGGAGGACGGGCAGAUGAUGGAGAAGGCCCACGCGUUCAUUGCGGGCAUGGUGGACAAGGCAAUCGAGCUCGGGGGCACCUGCACGGGCGAACACGGUCUGGGCUUCGGCAAGCUGCGAUAUCUCGAGAAGGAGCUCGGGCGGGCGCAGCUCGACAUGAUGCACAGCAUCAAGCGAGCGCUCGACCCGCACGACAUCCUGAACCCCGGCAAGGUGGGAUCGGACCCGACCUACUUCUUGACGACGUGA